AUGUAUGGCAUCCCUUUAAAGUGUGACAAUUGCGGUGAAGAAAGGCAUAAUCGAAUUAGUUGUAAGGAACCUAGAAAUCCCAACAUAAAGCCUACUAGAAAGAGGAAAGUUGCCAAGGAAAAACUUCUGGUAAGAAGGAGAGAUGGUGGAGAUCAAAGUAGCGGACAACAAAGUAUGCAACUAAGGCAAAGGAAACAAGCAAGUGCUUCCCAAGGGCCUUCUCAAUCCUAG